AUGGCUUUUAAGAAUAUGAUGAAUGGUGAUGACUCCUGCGGUGGUGCCAACCCUAUGGCUCAAAUGAUGAAGCAGUUUGGUCAAGAUAGAUCUCUUCAAAGGGACCAAUUUGCUGGGCCAUCUCAGCAAAACACUGGGCCAUCAUCGAUGCGUACGCAAAGACAACAAGGGCCUGGAUUUGCUCAAGGUGGAGACAUGGUCAAUGAGUUUUUCGGCCAAGAACAGCAACAGCCACAAAGAAUGGGUAUGGGAAACAACAAUUUCGAAUUCUCGGCUCUGCAAAGAGAGUUGGAUGCUGUACGUCAAGUACCCGCAGCUGGAGGUUGGGCAAGUGAGUUUGGUGGACAGCAACAGCAACAAGGGCCUAAAUUAUGGGAGCUGACGCCGGGAGAAGAAGAGGCUAUGGAGAAGGCAUUUAUGGAGAGCAGAGCAGCUGCUGGCCCCUCUCAAAGCGCAUCAGUUUGGAGAGAGGAGUUCAUGAACCAUCCAGAGGUAACCAAUAUGAAUCCAGCACAACUGGCUGAAUUCGAAACCGCCUUCCAGAAACACUUUGACUGGGCAAACGAAUUCGAUCUUCAUCAAGGCAAGGGCAAAGGACGUCUUGAACUGAACGGCAACAACAAUGCUUCAUGGGAAGAACAGUUUGCUUCGUUUGAUGGACCUACAGAAGAAGAAAUGGCUCGCAAAGUAGAGGAGACUGCUGCUGCUCAAGAUCCUGCAUUUGAACAGUUUGAAAAUGUGUGGCAAAACAUUCGCGAUCAAAUGGCUGAAGAUAAUGAUUGGGAGGACGAGUUUGGCAACUUCAAUAACGGUGGUGCUAUUUACAAGCCUGAUUUAGGAGAAUACGUAUUUGAAGUGUCCAAUCCCUUUUUAAAUCACCCUGAUCCCAUGGCUGAAGGUAUGCGCUUGAUGGAAUCAGGUGGGUCUCUCAGUGAUGCUGCCAUGGCAUUUGAAGCUGUGGUGCAAAAGGACCCUGCAAACUCAGAGGCUUGGAUGCAUUUGGGCAACGUGCAAGCACAGAACGAGAAGGAAGAGCCAGCUAUUCGAGCAUUAGAAAGAGCCAUUGAAUCAGACCCAGGCAAUCUACAAGCUCUCAUGUCAUUGGCAGUCAGUUACACAAAUGAAUCUUACGACCAUGCAGCAUACCAAACGCUGGAACGCUGGAUCACUCAAAAAUACCCCCAAGUUGCUGGCAAAUUACCUUUACCCGAAGCUGCUUCACCAUUUGAGCUUCAUGACAGAGUGACAGACUUGUUUUUGGCUGCUGCAAGACAGGCUCCUGAUGGUCAGUUGAUGGAUCCCGAUGUACAAGUGGGUCUUGGUGUCUUGUUCUAUGGCAGCGGUGAUUUGGAUAAAGCGAUUGACUGUUUCGUUGCCGCCUUGAAGGGACGUCCCGAUGAUUACUUGCUGUGGAAUCGUAUGGGUGCUACCUUGGCCAACAAUGGUCGCUCAGAAGAAGCUAUUGAUGCCUAUCACAAAGCACUCGAAUUGCGUCCAUCCUUUGUGCGUGCGAGAUACAACAUUGGUGUCAGUUGUGUUAAUAUCGGAUGCUAUAAGGAAGCAGCAGAGCAUAUUUUAACUGGUCUCUCCAUGCACAAGCGUGGCAAUGGUGAUUCUGAAGAAGGUGUCAAUGUGUCUAGCAACUCUUGGGAGAUGUUGAGAAAGGCCUUUAUUAUGAUGGAUCGUCGUGAUUUAGCUGAUAAAGCUGUUGUUGGAGCAGAUUUGAAUCAAUUCCGUCCAGAAUUCGAGUUCUAA